AUGAAAAGUGGAUAUCGCAUCGCAUUAUGCGUUGUCUCGCUUGUCUUCUUUUCCCUAUACCUACUGGAGGCUCAUAUCCAGGACAUCUGUAACCAAUACCGCGCUGGCGCAUACUUGACAGAAUGGUGGUAUCACAAAUCCGGUUCCAAUGUACCGGUACACAAUAGCACUCCAGGCGACAAAGUCAUUGUUAUGGCGAAGCUUGAAGAGGAGGAUGCCGAUUGGGUACAGGAGGAGCUUCCCGACUGGCAACGCGCCAUUUACAUCGUCAACCCAUCCGAGGAAACUCGAAUGAACGAAAACAUCCUCACAACUCCUUACAACAAAGGCCACGAGGCCAUGGCCUACCUCACCUACGUGAUCGAUCACUACUACGUGCUUCCCUCCACAAUUGCCUUCCUCCACGCCCAUCGCUCCGGUUUCUUCAUGGCCUGGCACGUUGACGCCCCCCUCCACGAUAACGUCAUCGCUAUGCGCAACCUCCAAACCUCUUUCAUUGAACACAACGGCUACGCCAAUCUCCGCUGCAAUUGGAACCCUGGCUGCAAGGCCAGUCACCGCUUCAACACCCAUGUCACCGACGAGAUCUGGUGGGAUAUUUUCCAGGGCACCAGCACCCCGCCGCUCAACAUGUCCUCGCCGUACGAGGUUGAGCAAGUCGGUCAGAAAUAUAUUCGCAAGCCUGAGCAGAUUGCAGCGGCUUGUUGUGCGCAGUUUGCCGUCUCCAAGGACCAGGUGCGCCGGCGCCCGCGCGAGGACUACGUGAGGAUGCGGCAGUGGCUCGUCGGCACGGAUCUGACUGAUGCGAAAUCGGGCCGUGUGAUGGAAUUUCUCUGGCAUUUCAUCUUUGGCAUGGACUCGGUCUACUGUCCCGAUGAGGAGCUUUGUUACUGCCAGGUUUAUGGACAGUGCUGA